AUAUGUGAAACAGUUUUACAGCAUUGAAGGCCCCAAACGCUAGAGAGAGUCAGUCAUACCGACCGAUCAACAAAAAAAAAACCACUAAAACCAGUGCUGCUGAACAAAACGCUCUAGCGUUGCUGAGGAGGAGUCGCACCGACACGUUGUGUGGUAUUGAAAGACUGAUAAUCUACUGCAAGAAUCUACUCCUCUGUUCUUAAGUCCUCUACUACUAAAACCCGAAAAUACUUUUUGGAUAACAAUGGAGAACGACGAAGGAGAAUAUCACGGUCAAGCAUCUGCCGGUGCUUCAGCUACCUAUCCGGUCCAGUGUUCAUCAUUGCGUAAGAACGGGUUUGUUAUGAUCAAAGCCCGUCCCUGUAAGGUAAUGGAGAUGAGCACCAGUAAGACUGGCAAACACGGACACGCAAAGGUUCAUUUGGUAGGACUCGAUAUAUUCACUAAUAAGAAGUACGAAGAUUUGUGUCCAUCGACUCAUAAUAUCGAUGUACCGAAUGUUAAUCGUAGUGACUUCCAGUUGAUAGACAUUAGUGACGAUGGCUUCGUCACACUAAUGAACGAAAAGGGCGACACUCGCGAUGAUCUACGCGUACCGGACGGCGAAAUGGGCACAAAGAUACGUGAAGAGUACGGCAAAGAGGACAACACUGUUAUUGUAACAGUGAUGUCUGCUGUCGGUGAGGAAGCGAUAAUCGCCUGUAAGAACGCCACCUCAUAGUCGGAUGACUUCCCCAUUGUUUAUAAGAAGAAAUAAUUUUUAAAAGAAAUGUCAAAUAUAUGUAUCCAAUUGUGUCUCUCAGUGCGCUCUCCUCUGACUGCACCACAAAAAAACAAAACAAUAUUUCAAUUGAAUCCAAACAAAACAAAUUAACUUUAUUUAGUAGUUUCAAAAUUUUUAAAAGUAUAUAUAUAUUUACAACAACAACAAUACAUAUAUUUGAGUCAAAUUACAAUAAUUUGAUUAAUUAAUAAUAAUUUUUUAGCUUAAUUAUCAAAAAACAUUACAUAAUUAAAUAUAUAUAUUAUAUA